GGAGUGGUGGCAGUCAUUCGGACGCAAACAGAGCGUCGGUGAAGUGGUGAAAACGACUUAAAACAAGUUGUUAUUUAUUAGUGAUCAAAAGGAAGAAGUGUAAGAAAAUAACAUGCGGUGGUCUUUAUCAAGUUGUUUACUGCUAUCAAUAACAAUAGCGGGUGUAGCAGCAGAAUGGUCCUGGGGAAACGAGAAAAAGACCGAAGUUGAACAGCAAAAAGAUAAAUCGACUGAAUUAUUAGAAGGAGAGCAUUUCACUGUAGCUCAGGAGAAAAGUCUAGAAACUAAUGAGACUGUACUCGACGGAAUUGUUGAUGAACUAAUUAAUGGCAAACAAGGCAGAAGUUUGGGAGGUUUCGAUGAAGUGUACGGCGAUCCUACAAUAAAAGAAGCACUUGAUGCGGGAGAUGAUACUGAAGCGAGAAAUCUGAUCAAAGAUCGCCUUUGUACUUUAGGACUCAUCCAGUGCGAAGAAGGCGAAACUCAAGAAAAACGUACCUAUGUGUCUCCUGACGAUCUCAUUUACGCUCAGCCCGUGGACAUUAAGCCUAUCGGUAAACCGGUUGCUUCUAUUCCAAUCCGUGGACCUCCAAGAGCAUAUGGUCCGCCAAAACCGAUGCCAUACCCUUCUCGUCCACAAAAGCUGCCGCCCAAAAGAAUCGGAUACGGAGGCAACAUACGUCCAGGGUUUUCGGAUAAAUAUGGCGUUUCCGGCAACAAUUACCAAUUUUCUCAAAGCAGCGGUGUAUAUAACGCGCAUGAGAGUAAUUACGUAACAAAGCCACCAAUAUACGCUAAUGAAGGACCUUAUGCUUUCGAGAAUUCUAAGCCUACUUACAAUAAACUACCUGCUAACGUCCAGACUGGAGUCAAAACAGAUAUCGUGCAACAACACGUUCACCAUCAUUACGUUCACAGCGAUGCUGAGAAAGAUCCUAAAGUUAUCAUUAAACCAGUAGCAAUACCAGUCGGAUCUGUUGGACAUUUAGGAUCGCAAAAUUUUGCACAUGAGUCAUCUGACGUUAUAACAGCAUCCGGUGGUGACUACAGUUCAAUCACAUCAGGAGGCUUCAAGCCUAUGACAGGAAACUAUCCAUUGUACACUAAACCAGUGUACGAACCAGACACCGUUUAUGGCUCUCAGUUUGGUCAUACCAAUGUCAAUAAGGGAAGCGCCAAUAUAGCAUCGCAAUCUUUACCUAAUCAAUAUCAAAACAAUGUCUUCGAUGAUCAAAAGUAUAGCAACUCCUUGGGAAGUUACGCAUCUCAAAAUACAGAAUUUUACAAGAAAGAACUUAACGUGGGAUCCGCUAACAGUUUAUACAAUCAAGGUCCAGCAACAUUUGGUCAAAUCAAUCAACAAAAUUAUCAACAAAGUUACCAUGAGCCAAAAGCUCAAGGAUUCGACUGCGUUUGUGUGAACUUUGACCAAUGCCCCAGUCAAGAAAUUAUUGGCCGCAGGGACGACUUAUACUUACCCAUCGAUCCUCGUAAUAAAGGCAGCGAAAUCGCAGCACUUACUGAAGAACAACUGGACAAUCUAAACGCAACUGUGUCUUCUGAUUUAGAAAUCGACACACAAAAUCAAACUGUCAAAAGCUUAAGCAAACGAGAAGCGGCAACAGAUAAACAGGAUGACGCUGACAAGGAAGCUGAACCACGUCAGGGAUACUUCGGACGUCCCAAUCCUCAACGAUGCCAACAGAAUCAAGUGUGCUGUCGCCGACCACUGCGCCCGCAGGCGUCAAACCGUGGCCAGUGCGGCAUCCGACACUCCCAAGGCAUCAAUGGAAGAAUCAAGACUCCCUCAUACAUCGAUGGCGACAGUGAAUUCGGAGAAUACCCGUGGCAGGCGGCUAUACUAAAAAAGGACCCGAAAGAAUCAGUAUACGUUUGUGGUGGUACCCUCAUUGACGGACUUCACAUUGUGACCGCUGCUCAUUGCGUUAAAUCAUACAAAGGUUUCGAGCUUAGAGUGAGGUUGGGUGAAUGGGACGUGAACCACGAUGGGCGUCGUGUCGUGGGGUAUUGGCUGCGGCCAACCCGGCGUGCCCGGCGUCUACGUCAAGGUCGCACACUAUCUGGACUGGAUCUCCCAAGUCACUGGAAAAUUCUCCAAUUACUAAGUGAUCAUAAAUAGUAUUUAUUACCUUUGAUUUAGAUGUUAGCCUUAUUUAAUAAAUAUUCUUAAUUUAUUAUUUAACUUUGGGCGGUAAUGCUCAGAGAAUACGAGUAAUCGCAUAUGCAGAUUUUUGUAAAUUAAACCACUUAAAUAUAAUUUUUGAUAAAAUA